CAGCAUCCCCCGGACUCCACAGACACAGUGCUGAUUGAACAAGCGGAGAGGGGAGCUCAUUCUCAGAGCGUAUCAUUUAGAGAGGCUCCACUAGACUGUCACCGGCCAAAGAGGGAGAGAGGCAGCAAUUCAACCACGCCUUUCUCAGUAAAUUCAAGGAGAGUAGUCAAGGUUUAGGGUAUAUAUUUAUAUUUUUAAAGGGACUUGCUUGGGUUCCUUUUUUUUUUAAGAAGAUUUAGGGUUUUUUCUUUUCUUUUUUUCCCCCACUUUUUUAUAUUUGUGAGGAGGAGACUCCAUCAUCACUUCUGCUGUGCGCUUCGCUUGCCGCACUUAAAACAACAACAAAAAGUUCAAGUGGAAAUUCUUUUGGAACGCGCUACUUCACUACAUCGGUGUUCCGACAGGAGUUUUGUUUUUCACGCUCUCCGUGGAAGAGGAUAUAUAACUUUUCAACUGGUGUUUUAGGAGAAGAGGAGCUGAGAUCGGAGGAAUUCUUGCUGCUGAGCCUGGAGGAGUGCGCAGCGCCUUGAGAUACAAGGUUAUGACGGAGCUGAGCUGAAUAUGGAGCUUUUCUGGAUUGUCUUGUUUUCCAGUGUGCAUCCUCUUGUUUGGGGGCAAGGAGUUUACGCUCCAGCUAAUGCACAGAUUGUGCACUCCGGUGCAGCAUGUAACGUCAAGGAUGAUAACAUAAGCGAGAGAAUUUACACCAUUAAAGAAGGAGACAUGUUGGUGCUGCAGUGUAUUGUGAAAGGACACCCACGACCACAGGUGCGGUGGACAAAGACGGCAGGCAGCGCUUCAGACAAGUUUCAGGAAACAUCCAUCUACAAUGAGACACUGCGCAUCGAGAACAUCCAGCGGGUGCAGGGGGGCCGCUACUACUGCAAGGCCGACAACGGGGUGGGGGUGGCUGCCAUCAAGUCCAUCCGCGUAGAUGUGCAGUACCUAGAUGUCCCAGUUUUGACUGUGCACCAGACGGUCGGCGAUAUACGUACAGGUUUCUACCAGGAGAAGACAGUAUUCCUCCGCUGCACUGUCAACUCCAACCCUCCUGCAAGAUUCAUCUGGAAACGUGCUGCUACGAUCAUCGAACAAAGCAAAGACAGUGGAGUGGACAUCUAUGAACCUCUUUAUACUCAGGGCGAGACCAAGGUGCUAAAACUGAAAAACCUAAGGACCAAGGAUUUUGACGACUACACUUGCCAGGUGUCUGUCCGCAAUGUGUGUAACAUUGAGGAUAAGUCAGUCACCUUCAGGCUAACAAAUGCUACAGCUCCCCCAAUGAUCCGGCUGUCAGUCGACGACACGGUGGUGGUAGAUCCUGGGCAAGAUGUGGUCAUAACCUGUGAGGUGACUGCAGGUUUACCCUUACCCACGGUGACAUGGUCCCGCUAUCCCGGAGCCCUCCCACUCAGUGCCCAGGUUCGGGGUCCGACGCUGUUUUUACGUGCAGUCACUCCAGCGGAUGCAGGUUUCUACAACUGCACAGCAACUAACAAUGUGGGCAACCCCGCUCGCAAGAACGUCAAUCUUACUGUCAGGACAAUGAGCAACCUGACUUUCCAAAUCACACCGGACUCUAACAAGGACAGUGAGACCAUCCAAAUGGGCCGGGACCUGAAACUGUCAUGCCACGUUGAUGCCACUCCACAGGACAAAGUCAACUACACCUGGUACAAAAAUGGUGCCCCCGUCUUCAACUCAGAAAGCCUGAUAUUACUGCGCAGUGACCCUGACAUGGCACCCGGCACAAGUAGCUUGGAGAUUGUAGACAUGAAGUUCAGAGACCUGGCUAUGUACAGUUGUGUGGCAAACUUCCCAGGCAGCAGGGUGCCAGAGCUGCGUGUGGAUGUCAACAUCUCCCAAAACAGUGUCACUCCUCCGAUGCUGUCAGUUCCAACAGGAGGUCAGAUUGUAAAUGUGCGUGAAGGAGGGUACGCUGAGUUAGUUUGCCUGGUCGAUGGCAAACCCCGUCCUCCAAUUCUGUGGUCACGGACAGAGAAGGAUUUGCUAAUGCCUUUGGGGAAGCCCACAGUGGAGACCCCCGAUGGCCGCUUGAGGCUAAGGAACGUCAGCCGUGACAUGAUGGGGGUGUAUCGAUGUCAGACAGCUUCAUACAACGGCCUUAACAUCAAGCGCAGAGAGGCACAAAUCCAACUGAAUGUGCAAUACCCUCCCAUGCUGGACCCAGUCUUUCAGGAUGUGCGAUCCAGGAACUUUCAGACAGUGACCCUGAGAUGCACUGUGCUACGGUCCAACCCUCCUCGCCUAACAGACAUUCGAUGGCUCCGCAACGGCGAGUUCAUCCGAAUGUCCAUGCCGGACCUGAAGCAGACACCAGAACUGAAGUUCAAGCUGGAACCCACUAGCAAUGGGUCAUAUGAGUGCAGAGUCAGUAACAGUGCAGGGACAUCAACAUGCCGAUUUAAUGUCUCUGCACAACCAUACAAUGCUGAGUUUUAUUUUGAUACACCAAACCCAGUGCGCAUUCUGAAGGGAAAUAAUUACUCCUACACCCUGCAGUGGACACAAAGGGAUCCACAGGCUACUGACCGUAUCAUUGGCUACUGGCUAAAUGUUCGAAAGAACAAGCAGAACCUGGUGUCAAAGCAAAUAGACCUGAAGGGUAAGGAGCCAGAGAAAGGCGUGCUGAUGUCCCACAUAAUAACAGACCUGAGAAUUCCUCUGUCUUAUGAGGUUCGACUGGCUCCCAUCACCACCUACAGCACAGGGGACUAUGUCAGCCGAAUCAUUUUGUACUCAGAACCCUACACCUAUCCACGAUCUUCAGACCAGGUGUGUGGGUUUGAGGAUGACAGGAUCUGUGGCUUCUCUCAAGACCGGAGUGAUAACUUUGAUUGGACAAGACAGAAUAAUCUGACGCACAAUCCCAAACGAUCUGCGAAUACUGGACCAGAGACUGACCGCAGUGGAACAAAAGAGGGGUAUUACAUGUACAUCGAAGCAUCACGGCCGCGUGCUCAGGGCGACAAGGCUCGUCUUCUCUCUCCACUUUUUAAUGUGUCUUCAGUCAGGGGUCCCAAGGGCUCUGGCCGAGUCCCAUACUGCGUCUCCUUCUAUUAUCACAUGAAGGGCAAACAUAUUGGCACGCUCAGUGUUCUUCUGAGGGUGAGAAGUAUUGCGCCUGUGGAUUCAGUGGUGUGGACAAAAUCAGGUCAUCAGGGCCCAGACUGGAGUAAAGCCUUCUUUGACAUCAGCCCCAGCGGACCCUUCCAGAUUGUGUUUGAAGGAAUCCGAGGCGCAGGCUUUGAGGGGGAUAUCGCCAUCGAUGAUGUGUCCAUCACCAUAGGAAAGUGCAAGCAGGAGAACACGGUAGCCAACGCAGGUAAGACAGUUCUUAUUGGAGGAUCACGGUCCCUCCCACUGGCCAGGUGGCUGACCUUUGGCCUCUCCUGCUUCCUCUCACUCCUCUACAGAUGAUGAGCACUUUCCAGAGCACCACCACUUGUCUGUACUAACAGACACUGCCCUGACUCGCGCUUUUUAAAUUCCCUCUUUCUCCUCCUCUCUGCCUCCUUUCUUGUACAUGUGUCGUCACUUGUCGGUCCUCCUCACUCGCUGUCAUAUCCCUCCUGCCUUAUAUCGGUUCCAUUCCUAUAUCACAAAGAUCACACAGUUUGUCAACUUUCUGUCUUCCUCUUUCUUUGACUGUUGCAGCAUUUAUGCUCAGAGUAUAAUCAACUGACUCACAAUCUGUGUAUUAAGGAUUGACAUACUUAUAGAAGAGUAAAUCUUUCACCUCAAACACUAUGAUAGGCGAAAGACCUUAUUCAUAUUAGUGUCACUUUCUUGCCUUUCUCUGUGCUUCAUCAACCUUGUUUGUCCAUGUGCAUACUGCUUGUAACCAUCCACCCUUCCACCCCAGUCCCUCCAACCACCGUAUCCCACACUCCUGGCUCCCUAUUUCCAGACACAGCAAAGUGUCGGACACGCUACCAAAGAUGACAAAGAACCUGAGGGAAUAAAACGAAAAACAGGGAUUCCAAAAAGAAAAGCGAGAAAAGAAGCAGGAGAAGAUAAAAAAGGGAUUUUUUUUUUACUUACAAAGACUGCCAUCUUUUUGCAUCGUUCUUUGGGGUAGUUGGAAACUACUGACAAAGAGAUGAAAAACCACAUGAAUGAAUCAAGCAAAAAUAAUUGUUUGUGGAAAAGGACGCAUAUAAAGAGGAUGAUGAAAGCUGGAUGCCCCCAGUAGCCUCUCUGCUUGCCACAAAAGACAAACCUCAGUGCGGAUUAUACGUGUACAUUUAUCUCUCUCUAUACAUAAAUAUAUAUAUAUAUAUAUCUAUAUAUUAAAUAUAACAAAAUUUAAACUAAAAGACUACAAGGACAAUGGAGGACUGUAGUAAGUAAAAUUAAAGAAGCACAAUGUUUAUACUACUCUGUUGUACCUUUGAGUUUUAUUUCACUUCUUAUGUGAUGUUGCAGUCAAAUCUUUUCAAUGUUUUUGAUAUUUUGGAGGGGUUUUUUUGUUUUGCCAUAUUAAGGAUCAAAGACAAUGAGUAAUAAAGUAUUAUUAUAUUCAUAUCUUUACGAUGUAGAGAGGAUGAUUUAUGAUCCUGAACCUGAUCCGAGUCUGGGAAUACACACAUGACUCAAACCAUCUGGAUAGAAACCCCAAUCUUUUCUUCUGCACUAACACUGAGAGACACACCUCUAAACAUACAUUGCACAAACACACACACUCAUCUAUCCUUGUUGCCUUCACCAUAAACCCUGCAGAAAGACCACUUCUUCCAUAAAGAAAAAAAAAAUAUAAGAAUGGUUGACAAGAUUUUAACGACUACAUUAAUGCACUCAUUUUUGUAAAAAUGAGCAAAGGUUUGAUUACUAAUCAGAAACACAAUUCCUUAUAUAAAGAAAAUUAAAGUGAUGAAAAAUAUUAAGAAAAACUUUUUCCCUGAUUUCUUUUUUAAUAUUUGAUGCUAUGUAUGGAUAUUUCACACAGCAAGAUUUCUGUGUAUAGAUUGCUUUAGUUGAGUAGUUGUGUUUUUAGAUGAAACAGAUUUCAUAAUUCCAUUUACAUGAUUAUUACAUUUAAGUAAUAUGAGCAUCAUAUAUAAAUAACAAUGUGCAAAUGAACCAGUUAACGGAGGCUUAAUCCAUCUUUUAUUCAAUGUUACUUAAAUCGAAUGCAGUUGUGGUUUGCUACACCAUGCUUCGUCUUAUCUAAAAUAACUGUCAGCUGUUAAACUUAUUUUGAUGUGUUUCUGUAUGCUGAUCAUCUUCAUUCCCAUGUAUAUUGCAUGUGAACCUGUCUGUUCAUUCCUGUACUCACUUCUACCUGUGUCAUGUUAACAUUGAGUUGAUCAUUUAAAUAUUUUUUGCCCUCAUUAUUUUUUUUAAUUUGAGUUCUACAAAGCUACAUUGUUGUUUUUAUUGAAUGAUAAGUAGCACGUAGCACAGGCGUCGUGUGUCUGUUAAAUAUCGACUUACCCAGAUGUUAGGAGGUGCAUUUAUGCUUGUUUGAGCAUAUAAGAACACAUCUGUAAGAUCCCGCAGUCUCAACAUUCACACAAAUUUAACUUUUCAUGAGUUUCGGGGAAAAAAAAAAAGAUUUGUGCAUUAUCUCAUCUGACUACAUCCGUCUUGUAUAAAUGAGCUUUUAAGACAAUACGUCUUGUUUUCUCCUAACUUUUAAAGAGUAGUUUAUUUGUGAGAUUAAUUCCAGGUUAAGUUGUUCAUAAGCAGUAUUCCACACUGAUGAGAACACAUUGCAUAUGUGAGUACUAUAUACUUAGUUGCGAGUAUGUUGAUGAUAUACAAGGCAUUCAUAUGCAUGGCAUCUCCUCAUGUUAACUGUCCAGCCAUUCCUCUUACUGCUUAAGUAGAAGUAGUGAGUGGUAAAAGUUUAUGGUCGCAGUUUCUGAAUGCGAGCAUGACGCUUUUUGAAAUUAGUAAAGGUAUUAGUGCCACAUAUGAUCCUUUAUUCUGGCUUUAUCAAUAGGAAACACAUUUUUUAUAAAUUUUGUGACAACUUAAAACUUGAGUUUAAAAGAGAGACAACUUCUAAAUUGGUCCUUUGGGAGAACAUUGUUGGAAGGGGACUUUUAAUCUGAUAGGGGAGAUAUUUUCAUUUUUUUAUCCCAUCGCAAUCAAAUACUGUAAGACAUAUGAAGUAACACAAUGGUUUCAUUCCUGUUUUAAAAGCUAAGUCGUAAAUGUUAUUUUAUGGGUACGUACAUUUUCAUCUUUUCAAAUUAGAAACUUUUCAGUAGUUGAUUAGGACUUAAGUAAUAGUUCAUAAGAAUGUAAUUAAGCCUGUAGCAAUACUGUAUUUUGGGAAACAGGAGGGUUCCAUAUAUGUUCCGUAAUAAAGUGACAUGGUAAAAAUUUAACAUAUUUAUUAAGUGACACUAAUUUUUUCAGUGAAGUAGAACAAAUCUUUGUCCAUUUGCACUCAAACGUUAUAGCAUAACUACCGUAUUUUUUUUUCACAUUCUGAAGAACAUGAAAUUUAACUUUAGUCUAUUUUUGUAUGAAAACCAAAAUAAUCUUUUAUUGCUUUAAGUCCAACUUUAUGAUUUGUGUAAUCUUCUAAGGAAUUGUCUAGUUGCUAAAAACAAAAAAUAAAAAAGUAGGUGGGAUCAAAUGAGUUGUUAAAUGAAGUGACAAAUCUAAAGACAGGAAACUGAAGAAUGACAGAAAAUUUACUGUAAACCUAGAAAUGACAAGCAGUUUAUUGUUUUAUUCCCUAGCAGGUUCUGAGAGUUUAAGACAGAUUUUUAGUAAAUAAUAAAAACAGGUUGUUUGCAUUAGUGGCCUGAAUUUUACACAUAUUUUUUAGCAAUAUGCUGAUUAAUUCAUUAACAUAAACUUGCACAAGUAGAGUGCCACUAUGCACCAAAUUGUCAAGUGGCGAAAGUGAAGUAAGAAAUUGAAGUUAAUUAAACACUUUCCUUAUAUAGUAACAUCUGAAUCAACCUUAGUCCAUUUAUGUGUACAUGACAACCUGUGAUGGAUACAUUAAUAAUUUUUGUUUAAUAACUUUCAUUUCACCAAUAACUGUGUGGUGAUAGGAUUUCUCUUGGCCAAAGAAAAUGUAGGUUGCUCAGAUUCAAUUGCCAUAUAUUUUAACAUUUGACAUACAAUUGUCCUUUUCCAUAAUUAAAGGACAUCUAGCAUGUUAGUGAAGCAUUUUCUUGUUUAAGACUUCUCCUCUGUCCACCAUUAACCUUUGUACAUGCUUUGAUAUGUACCACUCCUAAAAGACCCUAAAGGUUUUUCUGCAGUUGACCAGGUGUAGCCUAAGCUUUAAUAACGGUACAGGCUGUGCACAUUAACUACAUCUGUUCCAUUUUAAGCUUACGUUUCAUUUGGUCGAGCAGAAGCAGCAGUUAAAAACAUUGUAAAAACACAAGUGCACUUUGAUUUGUGCAAAAAGGUUUAAUGGGAGCAAACAAGGAGCUUCAAAGCGAUACGCCUUAAAAUCUUAUAUACUGCAUUAUUUUUCUUAAUGACUCAAGAGACUGUCUCAACCUACUGUGAAAAGCAUUGUCUUCACAUUGAGUUUAAGAAAACUGUUUGUUUCUAUGACAAUACAUCCAGAAAGGUUUUCACAAACACUUUUGACAAUGUAAUUUGGAAAGUAAGCAUUUAAAAGUAACAUUUUCUGAGCAAAAUGAGACAGAGGGAACAAAUAAUGCUGCAUAUUGUAUAUUUCUGUCAAAUACAUAAGUAUUUAAUAUAACAAUAUAUUCACAACAUGACAAAAAGGUUUGAAUAAAUGUCAACCAAGAACUUGUCCUUGUCAUUUUUGCUGCCAGUGUUGAAAUAAAAAUAGUAAAUCCUUUAUCUAUAAAUCCUUUAUCACCCAUCUGUCCAUUCAGAUAGCAGGUCAAGAACUAGAACCUAGACAGUUUGUUCUCUUUUAACACUUAUUAGAUCCUUCUGGGUUGUGUUAGGGUUUUCCAAUUCUAGAAGGGCUAUACAGUGAGUAAAAUAUGGAACAAACGCUUGUCUCUUUUGCCAUGGUGUCUUUGUGGUUGUGUUUUCUCUGUUGUGUGCUAUGUUAUCCUGAGAACACAGCUUUGACCUGACCAUUCUCCCAGUGCAGUUUGUUCAUAGAGGCUGUUGUGGUUGAGUGCAGUAGUUCCUGUUCUCAUGGGGAAAGCUGUGCCUGUUAUUUCGAGGCCUUUCUUGAGCGUUUGGUGAGCUUUUGGUCUUGGUCUUGAAAACCAAAGAGAAAUCUUAGAAGAGCCACCAAGCUGUUGAUGGCUGAUUAUGAAAUUAUCAUCUUCACUUCUGGAUUAUGGUUCAAAUGAUGUUCACUGGAACAUUUAGAAGUUUACAAAUGCAGCUGAGACCAUUUUCAUUUGUAUGUUUUGCAACAGUAAGAUUUAAUUGUGAAAGAAAACGUUUUGAAGGCCUUCGGUCAAUG